UUUGUUGAUUUUUUGUAGUUCCGGGUACAACAGAAUGCGAAGAGAUGUCGUACAUGUUCGCGAGCAUUUAGUUGUUAUGGUUAGCCAUUGUAUUUUAAAGCAUUGAUGACUAUGCAGUUUUAUAAGGAAAAGCUUUUGUCGCCUGGACAAUUAAAACGUCUUAGUGAGCAUAAAUAUAGCUGUACAACAAAUAGUCUUUUGGAUGGAUUUCUUCAACCCUGGUGGGACUGGCUUGUUAGCAGAGUCCCACUUUGGCUUGCACCCAAUUUAAUCACCAUCGUGGGUCUGAUUGUCAACAUCGCAACCACUUUAGUCCUUGUAUAUUAUAGUCCAGAUGCAAAAACCGAGCCACCUAGAUGGACCUGUUUCCUGGCUGCGCUUGGUUUAUUCAUUUAUCAAAGUCUAGAUGCCAUAGAUGGCAAACAGGCUAGAAGAACAGGGACUUCUACACCAUUGGGUGAACUAUUUGAUCAUGGGUGUGACUCCAUAUCAACUGUUUUUAUUGCUUUAUCAGCAUGUAUAGCAGUACAAUUAGGAUACUAUCCAACAUGGAUGUUUUUCCAAUGCUUUUGUGCCAUGACGCUCUUUUAUUGUGCACAUUGGCAGACAUAUGUUUCAGGUUCCUUAAGAUUUGGCAAAGUGGAUGUCACAGAAGCGCAAUUUACUAUUAUAACGAUUCACCUUAUUUCUGCAAUAUUUGGGCCAAAAGUAUGGAUGAUGGAGAUACCAUACAUAGAUGGUUUUAUGUUUAAGUAUUUAAUAGGAGUUAUGACAGUAAUUUGUGCAGUGGCAAACUUAUAUUUCAUCUUUUCGGUGAUUUUCACCGGAGGAGUGGGCAAGAAUGGUUCAACUGUGGCUAUGCCACUGCUUGGUGUAGGCACAUUCAGUAACUACGUAGCGGUAUUAUUUUAUGCAGGCUACAUUCAUGUAUUCCUUGAGUUCUGUAAAAUCUUUGAAUCUGGUGGGAUUGGAAAGAACGGUUCCACAAUUGCAUUGCCAUACACUGGCACAGAGGUCAAGGUGUUUCCAUUAUGGGCUGCUGUGGGCAUCGCUAUUUUACUUGCACAGAGCAGCAUAUCCGUCAUUCUUGCCGGUGGUGUCGGAAAAAAUGGCUCCACCGUCGCAGGAACAUCAGUUUUAUCCCCAAUUAUUCCAUUUACUUUUGUGGUAGUGCCAGCUUUUAUAAUUUAUAGAAAAAGUGCUGAGCACGUAUAUGAAAAUCAUCCUGCAUUGUAUAUACUUGCAUUCGGAAUGGUUGCAGCUAAAGUUACCAAUCGAUUAGUGGUUGCUCAUAUGACGAAGAAUGAAAUGGAAUAUUUAGAUAGUUCACUGAUUGGACCAGCGAUGCUGUUCUUGAAUCAAUAUUUCAAUUUUUUCAUCAAAGAGUAUUAUGUUCUUUGGUUGUGUCUUAUUUGGGUUACUCUGGAUUUACUACGAUAUAAUACUCAAAUUUGCCUUGAAAUCUGCGAUUAUAUGAAGAUCAAACUAUUUAGGAUACCAUUAGGAGAUCAUCGAACGAGUCUGGUUUCUAAUACAGCUGAAAAAAAUGUUCGCACGAUGGUGGAACAAGAGCCUUUGUUAGAUGAGGAUUAUCAUCAUGGAUCUAAUACUACUCUCGACCUCUGACGAUUACGUUCAACGUAAAGAGAAUUAUUUUCAAGUGCAGGGUUACGCAAAACUCUCUUCAUAACUUUGUAACUUUAAUUAUUAAUUCUUUUUAUUUUCUAUACAUAAGUAUAAAUACUCUCUUCCUCGAUAAUUAAUAUAUUACAUGGUACAUUAGCAGUACUAAAGCUUUGUGUGGCCUUAAAACCAGCCUUGCAUCAUAAUUUCAUCCGGAAAUUUGAGAUAUUGGUCAGAGUAAAAAUUAUAAAUUAUAUAGUAGGGUGAAACAAAGUAGUUAUAUUGUAGGAAGUAAAUUUUAGGUAGAAAAGUAAGAAAAGUUCAAUUCUUAGAAGCUAGUAUAUCAGAGGGUGAAAUUUCAUAUUUCAGUAUAUUUUUUUAAUUUUAUUUUAAAAACGAGCAAGUUAUGGCUGAUAUAUAUAUUGGAUGAAAGAUAGAAAAAUUAUUUUUUAUAAUAUUUACAAAUAAUAUUAGUAAUAACAAAGAGAUGUUAUUCCAGUAUAUUUUGUUUUAAAUGUCAUGUUUGAAUAUUGAAUGAGAAGCGUGAAAUGUUGAGAACGAUGGUAUGAAAUUUCACUUUUAAUUUUAAUUUUAAGAGUUAAAGAGAAUUUCGCGUGGCCCUUACCGACGUAGAAGAAAAUUGAAAAUGAGAAGUUUAGUUUUAUCGAGAUAAGUGCAUCGUGUUGUACGACACUGGUACGACUUAAAGUUUAGAAAUUUUUGAUGAAAUAAGAUUAGGGGUAUUUCCUGUGACAGUUUCGUAGAGAGACAAUGUGAAGUACAAUUCACCGGUGAUCAAGAUAUUCUUACAUGAUCGAAGACACUGCGAAUCUUAAGAUAAGAUUUAUGUGUUAUUGUUAAUAUUUGAAAAUUCGUACAAUUUUAUAGAAGGACAUAGAAAGGAUAAAAGAAUUGAUCUUUUUUAAAGUAGAAACAUUUAUAGAAAAUAAUUUGAAAGAUGGAUAAAAUGGAUAUUUCUUAAUGUUAUCGGUAUGAAAUGAAGCAUUUAAUACUAAUUUUAGCAUAAUAAGCGAAUAGCUGUUAAUUUUUUGUUAGUCUUACUAACAACUUCCAGCUUUUAUCUUAAAAUUUCUAUGAUCUCUUAGAAGGGGAUGGUAGUUGAGUUAUUUAGAAAAAGAAACGUUAGCAACGUCACAAAUGUUAUAAAGAAAAAAAGAGAAAGAAGACAAUAAUAGAAAUAGUUUUGUAUAAAUAAACAAAUUGUAAUAUAUCUAAUAAAAGAUAAGAUCUGAAAUUUCACCACAUGUAAUUUUAUGUUGAAGUUUAUUACAGUAUUAGUAAUAUAGUGAAUUUUAUCAAAGGUUUUAUGUUUAGAGAUUCUAAACGUUGUGUAAACUACGAUCAUUGUAAUUUAUGCGAAUAAAAUAAAAUUUUAAUUAUCA